AAGGAUAAUACUAUCGAUUGGAAGAUAACGACUAUAAUAUAUUAUAAUUCUAAAUUAUUAAUGAAUCAUUGAUACGUCAAAAUUGAUCAAACAAUAUAGUUUAUCUUUAUUGAGCGUGAAGCUCGGUUGAAUAGCACCCAGAAAAAGAUUUGAUAUCGAACAAGACGGUCGCCCUUCGGUGGUGAUGUGAUAUAAAUAAUCAGUGCGACAAGUAUGAUUUAAAUUUACAUUGGAUAACAACUUUGGAUUGAAUCUUCUCUUCACCAAAGGACACAGUACACAUAUGAUAAAGUAGACUUCCAUUGGUGGCAUUGUUAUUAGAAAAUGGCUCUAAGAGUUCUUGGCUUAAUAUUACUAGUGAUUGGGUUCUGCGAAUCUUACAAGAUACUGGUGAUAAGUCCCUUAGCCGGUAAGAGCCAUGCUAUCUUGGGAGAUGGUGUCAUUAAGCACCUUCUGAAGGCUGGACACCAGAUCUCUUACGUAACAGCUUUUCCAGAAAGCAAUUCCCACCCAAAUCUCACAAUCGUAGAUGUCAAAGCUAAUAUGGACAUUAUAAAAGAUGACAUGAUAAGUUUAGAUAUGAUAAUCAAUAAAAAAAUCAAUCUACAAAAUAUACAACUUAUUGUAAGUAUGUUUGUGGAAGUCGGAAAGCAGACAUUAGCAAAUAAAAAUUUUCAAGAUGUUCUGAAAGAUAAAAAGCAACAGUUUGAUGUAAUUAUAGCAGAAUGGAUGUUCACAGAAAUAUAUUCUGGAUUAAUGCCUGUUUUUGACUGUCCAUUGAUAUGGCUAUCCACUAUUGAACCUCAUUGGAUGGUGUUACAACUUAUCGACGAAAUUCCAAACCCUGCGUAUACCCCUGACAGCCAUACUGUUUAUGCACCACCUUUCACAUUUUGGCAGAGAGUUCAACUAUUAUUACACUUAUUUGUUGGACAGUAUCUACAAUACAGCUAUGCAUAUGGACCAGAACAAAAUACUUAUGAACAAUUCAUUGUACCUCAUAUAAGAGACAAGAUCAGACCGGUACCAUCAUUAGAUGUUUUAAGGUAUAAUGCGUCUCUUAUGUUUGGAAACUCGCAUUAUUCGCUGGGAAGAUCCACGAGAUUACCUCAAAACUAUAUUGCUAUUGGUGGCUAUCACAUUGAUACUGAGACGAAACCUUUACCAAAAGAUCUUCAAACAAUUAUGGAUAACGCUAAAAACGGGGUUAUUUACUUCAGUAUGGGAUCGAACCUAAAAAGCAAACAUUUUCCCCAAGAAUUAAGAGAAGGGCUACUUAACCUUUUUGGAGAAUUAAAACAGACUGUUAUUUGGAAAUUUGAAGAACAAUUAGAGACUCGUCCAAAGAAUGUACAUGUAGUGCAAUGGGCUCCUCAGCAGAGUAUCUUAGCGCAUCCAAAUUGCGUUCUUUUCAUUACGCAUGGAGGUCUUCUCUCAACGACAGAAGCUAUUCACUUUGGGGUUCCUAUAAUUGGGAUCCCAGUUUUUGCUGAUCAGUUCACGAAUAUUGAGGUAGCUGUUAACAAGGGCUAUGCGAGAAAGACUCCUCUAUCUUAUUCGAUGGUGGAUGACUUAAGAGAGAGCAUACGUGAUGUUUUAAACAAUCCAAAAUAUUCAGCUAAGGCAAAAGAGCUAUCUCGGAUCUACCACUCCCGUGUGGUGCACCCCAGCGUAGAUCUGGUACACUGGACUGAGGAAGUAGUGGCUUCGCAGGGUGCGCUGUAUCUUCGCUCUGCUGCGUUGCAAACGCCUCUCUACCAGAAAUUAUACCUGGACUUGGCUGCUUUAGUAACCCUAAUAAUUUUUGUGUUUAUAUAUCUUACUCGAAAAGUUUUACGGAUUUUUACUGGGAAGGCACAUAAUAAUAAGAAAAAAAAUUAAGAUUUUAGCAUUUAGCACUAAGUCAUUUGUAAUAAUAACUAAUAACAGUAUUUCAUUUAAUUUUUGGCGGGCAUACUCAUGUCAGAUUUAUGGCGUAAAUUUCUAUUAAAAUUGCCUUGAUAUUUUAUACACUUAUGUGAUCCGUCUUUUGUGCCACUUUCAGCUCAAAAAACCCAGAAAUUUCUAAGAAUAAAGAGACGGUGUGAGAAUCACAUAGCCUGUAACAAACCAUUUGUUCUUAAAUAAUACUUAAUUAUGUGUUUCAUUGGACGACCAAUGUGCUGCUAUCUUAAUUAGUAAGAAAUAAAGAUACGUUUUAUA